AUGGAUCGAGAGAUGCAGAUAAAGGAAAGAAAGAGCCACGGCCUCUCCUCCCCCACAAUUCCACUGCGGCUGCUGCUGCAUGCCAUGGACAUGGAGACAGCUCAAGAAAGGGAGACGCACGCAUGGCGGCGCUGGCAUUUAGACGCCACCAUGGCCUGCAGCUUGGGCGACACCAGCCGCUUCCUGUUUGAAUGGGUUCCACAGCUUAAGUACUUUGGUCUUGGGGUAGUGGGGGUUGGCGCCGCCGGUGAUCCCCAUGGCCAUGAGCUCGAGCUCGAGCUCUUCUUCCCCAAGUGUAUGGAUCAGCCGUCUGCUCCAGAGGCGGCAGCUGCUGUGACGACCGUCUUGCCAACAAAUCAGGAUACCAUGGUGAUGUACGACGAGUUUGAUGAACUGCUCCAGAAUUUCCGUGACGGAAAGGAGGAGCAGCUCGUAGGCUUCGAUUUCAGCUCUUUUCUGAAGGAGGAGGAGAGCAGUGAGGUUACCUGUCUCCUAGGCGAUGAUGGUGAUGAACUUCCUUUGGGUCCGAGCUCCGUGCCACCAAUGGGACCCCCUGAUAUCACCGCGAGGCAGCCGCAAGCAGACAAUGAGCAGCCUCCCAGCUCUGCCUCAUCCCACUGCAAUGUGGGCCCACAUACCAGUGACACUGGCACGAGUGCCGACAAAAACUGUUCAUCCAAGCGUCCGGUGACACCGGAAGCGCGAGAGACAGCGAGCAGCAAGAGAAGCAGGACGGCGACGCCGCCCGCCGUCGCCGGGACAUCGGUGGUGUGCCCAUUCGCCGUGCUGAAGCCCAGCGGGCUGGACGGCGGCGCGACGCUCGCCGACAUCAACGCGCGGAUCCUCACGAGGCCGGCCAGGCCGGUCAGGCACCCCGUGGGGGAGUUCGCCUGCGCCCCGCGCGCGGCGGCCGGCAGCCGGCCGGCCCCGUCGGGCAAAACGGUCGCCGGCUUCACGCGGCUGCGCACCGCCGGGAGUGGCACGAUAACCAUCAUACGGACCAGGGGCUAAAAUUAAUCCGUCGAGCUGUUACGUCCAAUGUAUGUAUACAAAGUCGAUCUCUUGGCUGAUGAUCAAGAUCAGAGUGGAGAUCGAUGCAUCGUGCUGCAAAAAGUGCCGAAUCUGAAAUGUAAAUUGAUUAGUAGUGACUAAUUGUAAUGUGAAAUAAUGUGUCGAUCAACUGACUGAUACGAUGCAUUCAUUUGGAUGUGGAAGGAGGAAUAUAAAACGUCGAACAUUAGAAAAAAGA